AUGGAAGUAGAAGUAACUGAUAUAAAUGACAGUGCACCAGAAUUCCAGGCUGAGAAUCUGGAAGUAAAAAUUAAUGAAAUUGCUGCACCUGGAACACGUUAUCUGCUCCCAGAGGCUGUUGACCCGGACGUGGGCAUGAAUUCCUUGAGGAGCUACCAGCUCAGCCCCAAUCACCACUUCUCCCUGGACGUGCAAACUGGAGGCGACGGAACUCUACACCCAGAGCUGGUGCUGGAGAAGGCCCUGGACUGCGAGGAAGAGGCUGCUCACCGCCUGGUCCUCAUCGCCUCAGACAGCGGUGACCCGCAUUGCUCCAGCACAGUGCACAUCCAUGUGACAGUGCUGGAUACAAACGACAAUGCCCCGGUUUUUGCUCUACCGAUUUACCAAGUGAAAGUCCCAGAGAACGUGCCCCCGGGCACCCGGCUGCUUACUGUGAGCGCUAGCGACCGGGAUGAGGGAGCCAACGGAGAAGUAGCCUAUAGAUUCUGGAAAAUUAGUGAAAAGCAGUCUCCGCUAUUCCAGCUGAAUGAAAAUACUGGGGAAAUAUCAACGGCAGAGAGUCUAGACUAUGAAGAAUGUGCAUUUUAUGAAAUGGAAAUACAAGCUGAAGAUGUGGGGGCACUUUUGGGGAGGACCAAAGUGCUCAUUUCAGUGGAAGAUGUGAAUGACAAUAGACCGGAAGUGAUCAUUACAUCUCUGUUUAGCCCAGUCUUGGAAAAUACUCUUCCUGGAACAGUAAUUGCCUUCUUGAAUGUGCAUGACCGAGACUCCGGGAAGAAUGGUCAAGUUGUCUGUAACACACCUCAUAAUUUACCUUUUCAAUUGGAAAAGUUAAUAGAUUAUUAUAGAUUGUUGACAGUCCAAAUUCUUGACAGUGAAGAAACCUCUGAAUAUAACAUCACAGUGACAGCAACAGACAGAGGAAUGCCACCCCUGUCCACAGAAAUUUACAUCAACGUACACCCUAGACAUCAAUGAUAACCCAGCUUCUCUGGAAACUCCUACUCAGUCUACCUCCCUGAGAACAACCUUAGAGGCAUCUCCAUCUUCUUGGUGCCAGCCUAUGACCCCGACGGGAGAGAACACCCAGGUGUUAUUUACACCUUGGCUGAGGACACUAUCCAAGGGUUGCCUCUUUCCUCCUAUGUCUCCAUCAGCUCUGACACUGGUCUGGUAUAUGUUCUGUGCUCCUUUGGCUUUGAGCAGUUUCAUGAUCUUCAAAUGCAGGUGAGGGCAAGCUAUAGUGGGAACCAACUGCUCAGCAGCAAUGUGUCACUGAACUUGCUUGUGCUGGAUCAGAAGGACAGUGUGCCAGAAAUCCUGUACCCCACUCCUCCCACUGAUGUUUCCACUGGUGUGCACUCUGCCGAACCUGGCUACCUGGUCACCAAGGUGGUGGCUGUAGACAGAGACUCAGGUCAGAUUGCCUGGCUGUCCUACCACCUGCUCAAAGCCAGUGAGCCUGGGCUCUUCUCAGUGCAGGCCCUGCUAGACAGAGACAGGCUCCAGCAGAGCCUGGUGGUGGUGGUGGUCCAGGACCACGGCCAGCCCCCUCCCUCGUCCAUUGUCACACUCACUGUGGCCUUGGCUGACAGCAUUCCAGAUGUGCUGGCUGACCUCAACAAUCUGGAGGUCCCCGCAUACCCAGAGACCUCAGACCCCACCUAAUACUUCGUGGUGGCAGUGGCUGCAGUCUCCUGCAUCUUCCUCACCAUUGUCGUUGUGUUGCUGGUGCUCAGGUUGUGGUGUCGGCACACCUCACAUCUACUCCAGGCUGGGGGGGUUGGAUUAGCUGGUGUGCCUACUUCUCACUCCGUGGGUGUUGACAGGGUGUGGGCUUUUCUGCAGACUUAGUUCCAGGAAGCCUCACUCACGGCGGACUCCUGGGAGACUCAUGUGAUCUUUCCCCAGCCCAAGUAUGCCAACGUGCUGAUUAGCCAGGAGCGCUGUCUGAAAAAUGACCCUUUGUGUG